AGGAAUUAUAGGGUUAAUAGGGCCACCAUGAAUUGUCUCGCUAUUGUCAGAAUCGUCAAGCAGAAUGAGACCACACAUAGCCAUUCGUAGACAAACCAUUCUAUAGCCUAUACUUAUUGUUACAAUAGAUAAAAUCCAGGUGUACGAUAAAGGCGUGACGUGAAUCGAGUUAAAUCUAGUCCUCACACGUUAUUUCUCAUAUACUCACUUAAAAAUUUAUUUAAAGUUCAUGUCCUUCUGUCUUCGUAAGACGUCUAUUCCGAAUAGGAAGUAGUAAAAUAUGGAAUGUUUCACACCAGAAGAAUCUGAGUUCAUGAAAAUUGCUUAUUUGAAAAGAACACCGAAUGAUAAACCUUUAGAUGAAUAUUUUCUUUAUAAUAUUUAUAACGAAGCUGUAUUUUUGGACUACCCAGAUAAACUAAAAGAGCUUCUUGAACUUGCGAAUGGAAUGAAAUUGGACUUUCUACAGUUAUUCAAAAAUAAGCCGCACAUGAAUGCUGAUCUAUCUCACAUUUCUUUGAUACGCAAUCCCGAAAAUUACAUACUGAUUACUGAAUUUGGUGGAAUGAACGAAUAUUACAGUCACGUGUGUGGAUUAUAUUUAUUUAGGGCAUCAGCCGUACUGUUUGACAUUGAUGAAGAAAUGAGAGAUGAAAUACAUAGCGCAUUUCUUGAUGAGGAGGAAGUCGAUGUUUCAUUCAAGUUGAGAUCAUACCAACUCUUCUGUCUCUACCUUCACUACAGGUAUGGAAAAAUACUUCCCCCUUUCCAUUACGAACUUGUUUUUCGAAUUCUGUGGAGCUCCAUUCCGGACCCCUACAUCACCAUCGAGGAGUUCACCAGAAGCUUCAACUGGGCGAAACCACAGACCUUUCGGAAAGCAAUGAAAGCCUGGGACUGGUACUGCAAAUUGGUGAGAGAUCCUGACAGUGAGGGGAAAUGUCCAAGAUCAUUGCAACAUCUGUCCAAGUGCAUCAUUAGACGCCAGUUGCAGGAGUGCUUUCAAUUGCCCAAGGGAGUCGAAAAGUUGGACAUUCCCAAAUGUCUGAAGCAAUAUUUGCUUUUAAGAGACGUUUAAAUUGAACUCCAGAACGAAAAAAGGAUCUCAGAGCAGUUCUUCUGUUGGAUCUAAAUGCAGAAUAUAGAAGAUCUAAUAAAGUUAUUAUUAUCAUCA